AUGGAACCAUACUAUUGGGUGGCAAUUAGUGUACUCGUCCUGAUUGCGAGUAUCUCCAGCACAGCCAAAGCGGGACAAUCAACGCCGACAAGCUUCACUGACCAAGCAGCCUUGCGCGCCUGCAAUAUCCUUGCUGAACGCUUUCCAGCGCUAGUCUCGUUCCCGAACGAUAGACUGUACCUGUCUCAGCAAGCUCAGUACUGGGCCUCCAACCAAGCAGAUUUCGCUCCAACAUGUCGCUUAUCACCGAAGAAAGCGGAACAAGUCAGCAGCCUCGUCUCUCAGCUCGUUGCCUUUGGAGAUGAGGUCCAUUUUGCCAUCACGAGCGGUGGCCACUCGACCGCCCAUGGCGCCUCAAAUCUGAACGACGGCAUCACGUUGGAUUUGUCCGGACUAUCGUCGGUCUCUGUCGCACCUGACUAUUUAUAUGUAGAAGUUGGCCCCAGGACCCGCUGGCUGGACAUUUACCAGAUUCUUGACCCUCUCGGACAGACAGUUUCUGGAGGCAGAGCUUCCUCUGUGGGCGUGGGAGGAUACCUGCUCGGCGGUGGCAUAUCCAUGUUGUCUGGCCGAUAUGGCUGGUCCGCGGAUACCCUUCUGUCAAUCGAGGUGGUCCUCGUAAACGGCACAGUCAUCAACACUUCCCCGUCGAGCCGUCGCGAUCUCUUCUCCGUACUCAAAGGGGGUAGGAACAACUUCGGCAUAGCAGCGGGAUUCCACCUGGAGACUUUUCCACUUCAAGAGUCAUUACGUGUCGCUCUCCUACGAUAUUCUGACGACCGCCUCCCGCGGGUGAUAAGGGGCCUCGCAGACUUCGCGCGGAAUGCACACCUCGACCCUUCCUCAUCGGCGGAGCUUUCGGUUGGUUUCGAUGCGCUGAGUAACCGGACGGCAUAUGUUCUUAUGCCGACCAGCGCCAACUCGCGCUCGGGCUCGGGCUCGAAAAAGAAGGACGAGUUCCCGUUGUGGAAGCUGUUUCUGGAGGUCCCGACCCUCGAGACCUCCAUGUUCAGGGCCGGGAUGACCGAAGUGGUUGAGAUGAUUGAGAUUAACAACCCCUACGGCUUCCGGUAUGCCUCUUUGCCCUCCCUCUGCUUCUUUCCUGGCAUUCACCUCACGUCAUCUCUCAUGGGCAUCCCUGAUGACGCUCGAUCCAGGGUGUACAAAACGACUCUCACGGUCCACAACGACCCUGAGCUCCUGUCAAAAAUCACAGACCUCUUCACUGCACACGUCGUUCACAACCGCACGCUAGACACAGAACAGCAUGGCUCCGACGCGCGAUCCCAUCUUCCGGGCCGGGAUGCUGCUUCAGCCACUUACACUACCGCACCUACAUUACUCCAGGGGGAGAGGGGCGAGGAAUCUGAUGGGGCUAGACGACGAAGCGGAGCCAUUGAUGCGUAG